CUUUCGCGUUCGAAGAGAUAUGUCGUACUUUGUUGGAGUUGAUGUUGGAACGUCAUCAGUAAGGGCUGGUCUUGUACAGAAGACAGAAAAUGGAAGCAAAAUUAUAAAAUAUCAUUCUGAAGAGAUAACAAUUUUUAAGCCAAAAGCAAAUUUCUUUGAGCAAUCGUCUGAUGAUGUGUGGAAUAAGGUUUGUGAAUGUGUGAGAGAAGUGACACACAUCGUUCCAAAAUAUGAAAUUGCUGGAAUAGGCUUUGACGCAACUUGUUCGUUAGUACUUUUCGAUAAAGAUUUGAAACCUUUAACUGUAAGUCCAAAUGGAAUCAAUGAACAAAACAUUAUCAUGUGGCUUGAUCAUCGUGCGAAACAAGAAGCAGAUGAAAUUAACGCUACAAAUCAUGAAAUUUUACGAUUUGUCGGUGGAAAAGUUUCUCUUGAAAUGGAAAUUCCCAAAUUGUUAUGGCUUAAAAAAAAUAUGAAGAACAAAUGCUUCGAAAAAAUUCAUUUGGCUUUUGACUUGCCUGACUUUUUGACAUGGCGAGCGACUGACAUUAUGACGAGAUCAAUUUGUUCAUUGACAUGUAAAUGGAAUUACGAUGCAUUUAAUUGUAAAUGGCCGGAAGAUUUUUUUAAUCUUAUAGGACUGAAAGAGUUGACUUCAGAUAAUUUCUUAAAGAUAGGAAAUAAAGUUUUAUUCCCUGGUGACCCUGUUGGCAAAUUAAGUGAAAGAGCUGCAAGAGAAUUGGGAUUGGAAACUUCAACAAUUGUUGCAUCUUCAAUGAUCGAUGCACAUGCCGGCGCAUUAGGUUUGAUAGCGUCUAGGAGUGACAUCAGUGAUAAUGACAUAACUUCAAAAUUAAUCCUGAUUGCAGGAACUUCCACAUGUCACAUGUCUAUAACUGAUAACUGCAUUUUCUCUCCUGGAAUCUGGGGUCCUUACAAACAUGCACUAUUGCCAGACUAUUUUCUUAUUGAAGCUGGGCAAUCAGCUAGCGGAAUUCUUAUUGAACACGUUUUAAAAACUCAUCCCGACUUUCAGAAGAUUAAAGAUGAACUGCAAAACGAUGAAAAUAUUUAUGAACAUCUUAACAAUGAAAUUGCAAAGCUGGCAUCAGAACAAAAUCUUUCUUCAUUCCAUGAGCUUACAAAACAUUAUCACAUUUAUCCUGAUUUCCAUGGAAAUCGUUCACCUUUAGGUGACAAUACUCUUAAAGGGAUGAUUUGUGGUUGCACAAUGCACGAUUCAAUUUUAGUGACAUAUCUUGCUACAAUUCAAUCGUUGGCUUACAGUACAAAACAUAUCAUAGAAUCGUUGUACAAAUCAGGCAGAAAAAAAUUUAAAUCAAUUUUGAUUUGCGGAGGCUUAAGCAAGAAUAGAUUAUUCCUUCAAACUCAUGCGGAUAUAUGUGGAAUUCCUAUUUUAAUUUCAAAUGAACAAGAAAGCGUUCUGUUGGGAUCAGCUAUGUUAGCUGCAACUGGUAGUGGUGUGUACAAAGACCUUAAAUCUGCUGCAGAAGAAUUGAGUAAUGAUUGCUCUCAAAUAUUUCCCGACCAAUCAUCGGAAUUGUUUCAUUCAAGAAAAUAUAAAGUGUUCCUGAGAAUGCUUGACGAACAGCUCAAUUAUCGAAAAAUUAUGGAAGAAACAGUGGAUGCAUAA